UGGAGACGCUGGCUGGGAUUUCAACACACAAUCGGCGCUUCUCUGCUCUUUUCUUCGUAGACACUGACACGUUUGGGAGGCAGCCGUCGGAGCGGAGCGGAGCGGCUUUAAUGCGGCGUGUUGUUGUCGCAGACUGACAGCCACCUGUAAGCUGCCACCACACGUUUGUAAUCAUGACAGCAGAGGAGACAAUCAGCAUCAAGGAGGCGGAGGUGAUCAAGCUGAUGCUGGACUUUCUGAACUCCAGGAAGCUGCACAUCAGCAUGCUGGCCUUAGAGAAGGAGAGCGGCGUCAUUAAUGGACUCUACUCUGAUGACAUGCUCUUCCUCAGGCAACUUGUUUUGGACGGCCAGUGGGAGGAAGUGAUGCAGUUCAUUCAACCUCUAGAAGGAAUGGACAAGUUCGACAAGAAAAGGUUCCGCUACAUCAUUCUGAAGCAGAAGUUUCUGGAAGCCCUGUGUGUAAAUAAUGCCAUGUCUGCUGCUGAAGACCCUCAGAAUCUGGAGCUCAGCAUGCAAGCAGCAGUCAGGUGUCUCCACAGUCUGGAGGAGUUCUGUCCGACAAAGGAGGACUACAGCAAGCUGUGUCUCCUCCUCACCCUGCCGCGCCUCACCCACCACGCAGAGUUUAAAGACUGGAACCCGAGCACGGCACGUGUCCAUUGCUUCGAGGAAGCCUGUGCGAUGGUAGCUGAGUUCAUCCCUGCGGACAGGAAGCUGAGCGAGGCCGGCUUCAGGGCGAGCGGGAACCGACUCUUCCAGCUGCUCAUCAAAGGGAUUCUUUACGAGUGCUGUGUCGAGUUCUGUCAGAGUAAAGCAACCGGUGAGGAGAUCACAGAGGGUGAGGUGUUGCUGGGUGUGGAUUUGCUUUGUGGGAACGGCUGUGAUGAAGUGGACCUGUCGCUGCUCUCCUGGCUGCAGAACCUCUCUCCAGGUGCCUUCUCUUGCGCCUUCCAGCAACAGACCCUCAACAUCCACGUGGACCGUCUUGUGAAGCCCAGCAAGGCCGGGUACGCCGACCUCCUCACCCCGUUAAUCAACCGCCUGUCUCCCUGCCCUACCUCACCCUUCCGCCAGAGGCCUCAUUCAGCAGACACCUACAUGUCCAGAUCCCUCAAUCCAGCUCUGGACGGCCUGUCCCACGGCCUGGCAGCCCAGGACAAAAGAGGCAUGGAGACCAACUUGAAGUCUGCUCUCAGUCGGAGCCUGGUGGAGAACAACAUGCAUCAGCAGGAUGAUUCACCGGAAAAGAAGCAGCCACAAGGGCUGGAUGGACCCAACACCACACGGACACCUCUGACCCCUGGAAAAGAUGGUGGGCCACCCUGCAACGCAGACAAAAAUGAGCGUCUCGACUCCACAGAGCAGAUCCAGGAGUAUUACAGGCAGCGUCUCCGCGUGCAGCAGCAUCUGGAGCAGAAGCAGCAGCAGAGACAGCUUUACCAGCAGAUGCUGCUGGAGGGAGGGGUGAAGCCGCUGGACGCAGCCCAGAACAACCUCACUGAGACUUUUCUCAGUAGGUCCAUUCAGAAGUUGGAGGAGAUGAAUGUGGGCAUUGACCACAGAGCAGAUGAGGUGAUGACACAGUGGAACGGACUGACAGGAAACACCAGCACCUCCAGUCCCAGAACUACCGCCACCCAGCACACUCCAGACACGGGGCCUCCAGGGAGCAAGCCAGCUGGAGUGGUCAGCAGCACCCCGUUAAGGACUGGGAGCCAGGGCUUGCCUUGCCUCAGUGAGUCACCAGUUCCUGCCAGUCAGAGUGCUGAGAGGAUCAGAGGGUCGUAUCCCCCAGUCCAAGAGGAUUCUGGCUGUUCUUUUACACGUAACUCACAAGAGUCCGGGAAGUCCAAAGCGCAGUUUGUUAAGGUGAACCAGCUGGAGGACACACAGGCAGUGCGUGCAGUGGCCUUCCAUCCUUCCGGAGCGCUCUAUGCCGUCGGCUCCAACUCAAAAACCCUGAGAGUGUGUAGCUACCCAGAAACACUCACCACCAGUGGCUCUGGUGCAGUCAAACAGCCCGCAGUGCGCUUCAGGAGGAACAAACACCACAAGGGCUCCAUCUAUUGUGUAGCCUGGAGCCACUGUGGACAACUGUUGGCUACUGGCUCCAAUGAUAAAUAUGUCAAGGUCCUGCCUUUCAAUGCAGAGAGCUGCAACGCCACAGGCCCAGACCUGGAGUUCAGCAUGCAUGACGGGACCAUCAGGGACCUCGCCUUCAUGGAGGGCCCUGAGAGUGGAGGAUCUAUCUUGAUCAGUGCCGGUGCUGGAGACUGCAACAUCUACACAACAGACUGUCAGAGAGGACAGGGCCUUCACGCCCUGAGUGGACACACCGGUCACAUUCUGACUCUGUACACGUGGGGAGGUUGGAUGAUCGCCUCUGGCUCCCAGGACAAGACAGUGAGGUUCUGGGAUCUGCGGGUGCCCAGCUGUGUCCGUGUGGUGGGCACGACUCUGCACGGCUCAGGAAGUGCCGUUGCUUCGGUGGCGGUGGAUCCCAGCGGCCGCCUGCUGGCCACAGGUCAGGAGGACAGUACCUGCAUGCUGUAUGACAUCAGAGGAGGCCGCAUAGUCCAGACAUACCGCCCUCACAGCAGUGACAUCCGCUCAGUGCGCUUCUCGCCCGGAGCACAUCAUCUCCUCACCGGCUCCUACGACAACAAAAUCAUCAUCAGUGACCUUCAAGGUGACCUAACGAAGCCCCUCCCUCAGACAGUGGCAGGGGAGCACUGGGACAAGGUGAUCCAGUGUCGGUGGCACCCCCAUGACCGGACCUUCCUCUCCUCCUCUGCAGAUCGAACUGUCGUCCUCUGGGCACCAGGCCACUGAGCUAUUGACAGGUGAAACACUGGUUAGCAGCAGCAUCAGCAGCAAGAAGCACAAGAACACAGUGCAUGGGAUCACAAACUGCUGCUGC